GUAACUUUCUUGUUUCGAAAAAGCAAUUUUUCCAUCGAAUGUUGGCAGACAGUUCUGUGCUUUGUUCGAACUUUAUAAAGAACGUCAAUGGCGGCUAAUUUUCUUUUCUCAUUUUUGCCUCACGGAAGCUUUUCUUCCUCUUUCAUUAUAAUUUUGAACUUCUCACCGAUCUUCGCUGUUGAAGAUUCUCUUUUUUUGAUAAUAUAUCAAUUCCGUUUUUGUUUUAUUGAGUUCAAACGCUUAGAAAUUUUAGCUUAUGUUGUUGUGAGCAUUUUGUACUAGGCCAGACUAGUGGAAUAGUUCGAUCCAUAUUAUUUAGCGGCAGCAACUCAAAUCACUACAAUGAAUCAUUCCACCUAUACAAGCCUGAAAUCUUUUCUUCACACGACGUGGUCUUUCUUUGUGUACAUGGAUAUUGCCCAAAUAUUCGCGAACAAAGAUUAUGCACUAUUAUUAUUAUUAUGGUUAUUAUGUACAUAAAGGCCACACACAUUGAUCGCGGUAUAUAAACCUGUAUAAUUGAUUUUAUUGUGGUAAUUUUGUACGACAGUCUUUUAUGUUUUCCUCAUGAUAGCAUUAUUGCACUGUUCGUUUUCUCUUUCAGUGAUAAUCUUGAUGAAAGCAGGUAGAAUCAAGAAACAGAGUUACAAGAUGGCUACCACCAGCACAAAAGAAGAAGAUUCUGAUGGAUCUGACAAGGUAGAGGCAAGAAGAACAGGUUGUGUGGUUCAUCUUGUGUCUCCUUAUGAUCCACCACCAUCUUCUACCCCAGAGGAGGCAAGCCAAGAUCAGGUUUCAGAACUAGCUGAAGCUGAAGAAAAGACAACAAACUCAAUGGAUCAAAAGCAAAACCGCCAGCAACGUGUCUUUAAUAUGAUGAAAAACCUGCAACAGUUUCACCUGGAAGAUUUGAUGCAAACUGAAAUGGUUGGCAGGGAAAGUCUUGAUAUGUCUGAAACACAAUGUAUUUGUCGAAUAUGCCAUUCAGCUGGGGAAGAGCCAUUAGUAACUCCAUGUCAGUGUGCUGGUUCAGCUAAAUAUGUCCAUGCUCAUUGUCUUCUAACAUGGUUUAAAAAAGCCGUAAAGAAUACAUGUGAGCUGUGUCGAUGUAAAGUGGCUAUCAAGAAAAAAAGUAAACCAUUAGCUGAGUGGAGAAAGCCAGAGGACAAGCCCAUACCAGUUAUCUGGUUCCUAGUUUUCCUGAUUGGACUAUUUCUCAAUGUGUUUUCCAUCUCUGUCAAUGCUUCAGAACUGUGUACAACCACAGCUUGUGUGAUAUUUUAUGUUGUAAAUGGUUUUGGUGUUGUCUUGGAUGCAGCUUUUCUUUAUUUUUGGUGGACUAAAUGCCUGUUUUACUGGAAAAAAUGGUGUGCACUGAAUCAAGAUUGGUCAAUAGCAUCCUGCCCACUUCAGGCUACAGCUGAGCGUCCAAAUGAGGAAAGAAGCCUUCGAACUCUCCAAAUUUCAGAUAUUGUUUAAAUUUAUUUUUGCUCUUAAGAAGCUUACAUGUAAAUAUAAAAGAUUAGUAGAUAAAUCCCUAAGAUCCCUCUGUCUUGUUUCUUUAGUCACUAACUGCUAAUGUUCAAAGUUGAUCUGUUGAGUUAUAGUUUUUAUUCCUUGUUCCUAUUGGAUCAGCAUAAUGUUUCUUUUAACAUGUAAAACCAAGAAAGAUGAACUUAAGUUUUUCUAGAUGGACAGUUAAGAUCAGGUUUUUGGCUUCAUUAAUAUACGUUUUCAGUAAAUAUUGUACCAUUUUUUGGAGUGACUGCCAGAAUACCUCUUCUGGAUCUUAUCUAUUUUGAAUCAAUUAACCUGUAAUGCUGUAUAUAACUAACAACGACUGCUUGAUCUUGGAAUCUUAGUAUAAACAAUAAUAGCCACUCAAGAUACUUCACUCUAACAUGAAGCUUGAGUACUGGAAGGGAAUACCAUGCAGUGUGAGUUGUCUGUUGCGUAGGGAUAGCGUCUAUUUUGUGUAGAAUAACCAUGUGUUUCAGUGAAGGUCCAUGGAAUUUCAAAGUGAAUUGUUGAAGUUGUGCAUUCUUUACUUUACCAUUGGUAUUGAUGAACAUUUUGACGUUGAAAUGAGGCUAACCCUGAGUAAAUAACACAACACAACAGUAUUGUAUGAAUUUGAAAAUGUAGGUAUAUUAGAUACAGUAUUUCAAACAAAAUGAUGUACAUAAUUAGAAUUUAAAUUGAUAAAUUUAACUAAAUAUAUGUAACUUUUAAUGAAGGUGUAAAUACUUAACUGUACAGAUGUAAAAUAAUUGAAUUAGUGGCAGUUGGAUGAUAAGAACAGGAAGAAUGAAGAUUUAGAUAAGACCAGGGGGAAUGGUAAGCCUUACUCUUUUAGAGAAGUAUUAAUAAAUAACUUAAUGUUUAAUGAUGAUCUCUCAACCAAUAUAAUAUCCAACUAACUUCUA